GAACCACUCCUCUCUUAGAAUUAAAAGGUGAAGGAGAAUAGGGGAGCUCUCGCGCACACAAGAAUUCCGGCUUUCAGUUCAGAAUCGAAAAUUCGCACCCCCUGCGCGGGCGACCUGCGGACACGAUAGUCGUAAAAUUCAACGGGUUUCAAAAGACAAUUUUGCCCCUCUUUUUUUUUAGCUUAACCCGGAUUUUUAAUUUAAGCCCAGCGGUAUAUCCGUAAAUACUUUUAAGCCGACCCUAUUUUCUUAAAAACUUAAUUAAUUAGCAUUAAUACCGAAAAAAGUCCCUGGUCUCUUUACAGAAAUUCCAAGUUCUCAGAUUCAUGGCUCAAUCAUCUGCUGCUGAUAGUAUUGGCAAGAAGAAGAAGCUUAUUCAUAUUGAUAUUAGUUCAGAUAGUGUAUGCCCAUGGUGUUUUGUUGGGAAAAGAAACCUGGAUACAGCUAUUGCUUCGUCAAAGGAACACUAUGAGUUUGAGAUUAAAUGGCAUCCAUAUUUACUUAAUCCUUCUGCACCUAAAGAAGGUGUAAGCAAGAAAGAAUUUUAUAUGCAGAAGUUUGGAACUCGAAGUGAACAACUUAGGUUGAGGAUGACUGAGAUUUUCAAAGGUCUUGGACUGGAAUAUAACAUGUCUGGACUAACGGGCAAUACUCUGGACAGUCACCGGCUCAUAUAUUUUGCAGGGCAACAGGGCCACGAUAAGCAACACAAUCUUGUUGAUGAGCUUUUCAUUGGCUAUUUCACUCAGGGCAAGUAUAUCGGUGACAGGGAGUUUCUUGAAGAAGCUGCUAAGAAGGUUGGAGUUGAAGGAGCGGCGGAGUUUCUCGAGGAUCCGCUCAAUGGUCUGAAGGAGGUCAAUGAAGAACUUAAGCAAUAUUCAGCCAACAUAAGUGGAGUCCCACACUUUGUGAUUAAUGGGGAACAGCAGCUAAGCGGUGGUCAAGCUUCAGAAACUUUCUUGAAGGCCUUUCAAGCAGCCUGAAUGCCUUCGGCUGGGAGUUUUUAUAUUGAGAUCAAAGAUGGUGAAGUUUUUUUUUGUCCACAAUAUAUUUCUUGCUUCAUUUUCGUUAGAAUUUCGAAGUUGGCGUUCCCAUCAUUACCUCACUCUACAUGGUUCAACCUAAUAAUAAUGCCAACAAAUUUAUGCAUUGUUGUGACUUGUGAUUAUGCAUGCAAUUAUUCACAAAAUCAUGGCACAACUCUGUACCUUAAUAUCAGCCCAGGUUUGGGUCAAAAUCAUGCAAUAAAGCAUGCAAUUGCAAGGUCCUUUUGGUAAC